AUGACCACACUCCAACGCCCGGGAUGGACUCCCAUGGCCCAAAUCCCACCAGACCAGACGAAUCGAGGGGGAGACGGUUGGAGAGGGCUUGACUGGUGGGACUCGCCGACGAGGGUCGCCGACACCCCGGUCUGUACCCGUCUGUCCAGUCUGCCCACUGGGCGUGGCUUGCAGAUGGUUAUGGAUGGUGGCAUGCGUCUCGCCACGGGAGUAUGUGGGCAAAGGCCCUCGUGCGCCGUGUCUGUCACCUUGUGUGCCGCGCCGCCUGCCUUUCGCAUGCUCUGCUGCCAGGCUGAGAAUGUUUCUUCUUCAACCUUCGUCUACAUUUGCUACAGCCUUUGGCGCACCAAGUCUCCGACAACCGUCACUUGGCAGUACACUUACACCAUCACAGCUAGAACAGCAGCCACCGUCAGAGAUCGCUCCGUCUGUCCGAAGACAUGGAAGCCGUCGCCCACGAGCACGGAGACUAAAACCGUCUUACGUACGGACCGGGCAUUGCGCGAAACCACAGCGGGCGUGUCUGCCAUGGAGAUAGCAGUCGGGAAAUGUCACGAGAGCCGAUUCUACACCAUACAGUCCUCCUUCCACUCAACGGAACCACAGAGAGCCAGCUCUCGGUACGUUGGACGUCCAGUUGUCAACGCCCGAUGGAUGCCUUUGGUCGCAUUCUUUGUGCGGCAUAGUCAUUUCAGGGCCCAGGGACUAGCAGCUCGACCACCGGCUCUGAGCCGAAGCACCAUACCUAGCUCGAAUCUCUGGACGACAGUGAAGGGUCGCGACAGGCCAGCUAUAGCAGCACAAGACUCGGUGCGUAGUGCCUAUGACGACGGCACUGGAUUUCAUCCAAGGGCGCUAGAGCAGCUAGCGAUGGGGAUACAAGACAGCUACCAGUCAGCGAGCAUGACUUUUACCCUUCGACGACAAACUAGAAUCCACCUUCUUUCUCAGCUAUCCCAAUCUGCCGCAGCAGUCGACAUCGCACAGCGAGAAGCCUGGCUAGCGGUUGGGCCGCUUGCCGUCAAUACUGUCAUACCCUGGACCCCAUCCCCUGAGGGCAUCCUCCCCGCGGUUGCUCAGCCUUUGCCACUGUCUCCCUGGGCGCGCACAUGGCAAAACCUCCACUCAAACACAGACCUUUUUUGGAUUUUCGCAAACACCCCUCCUCAAGCUAGAUUGAGCUUUGCACGCCCCCAUGCGAAACAUCAGUUUACAACCAAUGACAAGAGCAAAGAGCUUUUGACACUUGCUUUUGCAUGA